AUGGAGGAUACAGCGUCCAGCUUCCGCGAUUUGCAAUUCAUCAAGGAUAGCAAGGAUGAUUUUGAGCGAGCCAAGGAGCUGGGUCCAGAAUGGGCCAAAAAAUACCACCUAUUUGACAAAUUCAAGGAUGGUGCUACAAAUGGGUUCCUCGAUGCGGGCUCUGGGAUCACACUUGCUGACAAGGCUUGUGUGUACGCUCGCCACUUGUGUGAAAAGGCAGGUGUCAAGUUUAUCCUGGGUCGACCUCAGGGGGAACUUCAAGAGUUGAUCAGCGAGAACCAAGGCACUAGCAAGCGAGUAACGGGCAUAAAAACGCGCGAUGGAUUGAUUCACUCAGCUGAUGUCGUUGUUGUUGCUUGUGGUCCUUGGACCUCGGCCGUUCUCUCGGAAGCGCAUCGUUCUGUCGAAGCCACGAUGGGAACAGUCAUGUUUAUUGGUAUACCGGAGGACCGAAAAGAUCUUAGGGAAAAGUUUCAUCCAGACAAUAUCCCUGUGUGGCGGUUCAUCCAGGGCGUUGGUGAUGGGGCUUACGAGGGAGGUGGAUUCCCUAUUACCCGAGAAGGUAGAUUGAAGUUCGGAUUCCGGGCUCGAAAGUUCACCAACUUCCGACCCCAUCCAACGGAAGAAAUUUGUAUCUCAACUCCGCGCACAAAAUACAGCCCCGAGCCCAUAGACACCGUGCCUCUUUAUGGUCUCAAUCUCAUGAAGCAAGUUAUCGGUAGAUUGUUUCCAGAGUUGAGGGAUAUCGGUUUCACUGACAGCCGGCUAUGCUGGUACACAGAUAGCAUUGACAAUGAGUUCGUGAUUGACUACGUUCCUGGAUACUCUGACUCGCUUUUCAUCUGUACUGGUGGUUCUGGUCAUGGUUUUAAGUUCCUUCCAGUUCUCGGAAAAUAUGUCAAAAAUCAACUAGAGAAAGUCCCCAAUAGGUUCACGCCAAUUUGGAAAUGGCGCACUGUUGAGGAAGGUAAGAAUUGCAAUGGUCUGGAAGAAGGUGAGGCCGGUCCUCGUGAGAUGGCGAAACUGAAGAUGGCGAAGCCUCAAGAUUUCCAAUUUUCUGUUAAGGAAGGUUGA